UCCAGGAUGGAAUAUAAGAACUUUCUUCUGGGCUUCCUUCUUUGCUGCAUGUUGCUUACAGCCAGCUAUUCUUACAUGAUAUUUGAGGAAAAGCAGAAUCUGGAGAAAAUCAAAAUCCCGGAUCUCCCACCCAUCUCUAUAGUAGAUUUAACCAAAACAUCCCUGAAGCUAAGCAGGAAAGAGGCUGAGAAAAAGAAAUCUAUGAAGAGAAUGGGGCAACAAAAAAAACCUUCUCGACCCAAACCAUCCCCCCCUCCGAACUGUGUCGCUACUUGGGCAAGCUGCAGGCCACCGUCUCAUCCCUGCUGUGAUUCCUGUGCCUUCUGCCACUGCCGACUGUUUCAGACAGUCUGCUACUGCCGUAUGGGAAACCCAAACUGCUAA